CGUUGUGGUUGCCACCGCAUUUCGGCCAACAAAGUAGACGUAGUCAAAAAAGACGCUAACACGCGACACGUCAAACUGUUUGUGCGUGCGUACAAGUGUGUGUGUAUGAAUGAGUGUGUUCGUGUGUGUGCGUUGAGUGUGCCGGAGUCUGGCGCCAGUCAGCAAAGUGCAAAUAAAUAUCACUUACACACAUAAACAAAACCAGUCAGAGCCAGAGUCACAGCCACAGCCACAGCCAGAGCCAAGCCAAAGGCGCUUGAGACAUUCACUGGCGCCGCUCUGCAUGUUAAAGCGUCUUAAAUACACAAUUCCAUCUUUAACUAAAUGUGCGCCGCAAUGACUUGCCACUGUAUACUAACAAGUUUAUCAAUAACAGCAAUAAGAAGGCACUGGCAGUGCUCAGUUAGUCAGGGAAGCCAAGUCUAGAGCAGGACAUGACAGCGAAUCAAUUGAAUUCAAUCAAAUUGCCACAAACAACUGUCUACAGGCAGAGCGAGACGCAGGUGAAUGCGGUGGUGGCAACGAAGUCGUAAACACGCUAACACGAGCAGCACCAGCAACAACAACUAGAGAAACAACAACCAGUAAAAAACCGCCAGAAAGGCGAAACAUUAAUGUAGCUACAAAAUGGGCGCCAAUUCGUCGACCAGAUCCGACCCAAAUCUGCACCAGGAUGAUGACGUUAACUUUGAUCAUUUUCAAAUACUGCGCGCCAUUGGCAAGGGCAGCUUUGGCAAGGUGUGCAUUGUACAGAAGCGGGAUAGCGGUGUCCUUUAUGCCAUGAAAUAUGUAAGCCGUUCAGUGUGUGAAUCGCGCGGAGCUUUGGGCGGGGUGAUUAAGGAGGUGGAGCUUUUAUCCUCAUUGGAACAUCCAUUUCUAGUGAAUUUAUGGUUCUCUUUUCAGGAUGAGGAGGAUUUAUUCAUGGUCUGCGACCUGUUGACGGGCGGUGAUUUAAGAUACCAUUUACAGAACCGAGUGGAAUUCUCCGAGCAGAGUGUGGCCUUAUUAGUGUGCGAGCUAGGCAGUGCCCUGGAGUACCUGCAAACACAUCGUGUGAUCCACAGGGACAUUAAGCCCGAUAAUAUUCUAUUGGAUGAUGCAGGACACGCUCAUUUGACUGAUUUUAAUAUUGCAACGCGGUUGCAGAAGGACUCACUCGCCUGCAGUAUGUCGGGCACGAAGCCAUACAUGGCGCCAGAGGUCUUUAUGUGCGCUCUAGAAGAAGUUGCCGGAUACAGCUAUCCAGUGGAUUGGUGGUCCUUGGGCGUUGUGGCCUAUGAGAUGAGGUCGAACACACGACCAUUUGUGCUGCACUCGCACACGCCGCUGGUGGAGAUUAAGAAUGUGUUGAACAGCACCGUUCACUAUCCGCAUUACUGGAGUCACGAAUUUAUUGAUCUACUGCAGAAGCUACUCUGCGUACAUCCGGGCGCACGGAUCAGCACACAGCAGGAGCUGCAUCAGACACCGUUGUUGCGGCCAUGGGACUUCCAGCAGGUGCUGCAGAAGAGUAUAAAGCCCGCAUUCAAGCCACCUGAAGAUCAUCUCAAUUGCGAUCCCUGCUUGGAGCUGGAGGAGAUGAUUGUUGAGACACGGCCGUUGCACAAAAAGAAGAAGCGUCUGGCCAAACAGCGUUCCGCGCAACGCGACAGCGAUCCCGAAACAGCGCUCAUUAAGGAGUUCAUUGUCUAUAAUCGCUUCAAGGAGCUCAAGCGCAAGGCCAUGGAGCAAAAGGAAAGCGACUGGCAGCGCGAACUAGAGCUGGCCAUGGCCAAUUCAAUUGUCAACAGCCUGGCACCCAUACAGGAGAAGCCUACAACAUCCCGUGCCACGCCCACGGCAACAGCUAUCAACGCCUCUAUGCGGUGCACCAGCUCGCCUCCUGACGGCCAGCCCAAAGAAAGUGAUAUCAUUGAAUUUAUAGAUCGCACACCAUCGCCACAGGCGGCACAGGCGACGACCACGUCGCGCAGAUUCUGCUGCAAGACGAACACAAUACGGGAAUAGAGAAUGUAGAUUCAAUCCAAUGCACCAACUAGUCCACAGGUUUCACACCUACCAUAGCUAAAACACUCCUGCAGUUAAUCCAGUUACAAAAUUAGCAUGAAGUUGGUCUCAAAAGUUUUCGAUAUUAUUUCGAAUAUUAAAGAUCAAAAUAAAUUCACUUCAAUUAAUAGACCAAUUAAGACCAGCCUCAUCGUACGUACACACAUGUCUGAGCUACCGAAACCUUCUACAAGGAUCAAAUGAAAUAUUUUUCGAGCAAGCAUAUAAACUACAUAUAUAUACAAAUAGUAACAAUUUGUAAUCACAUGAAACAGAAACCGAUGCCGAUCUGCACCUUUGUAUAU